UUCCCGGAGACCGAGAACGAGCUCCUCGCCGUGGUUGCUGAGGCUGCGCGAACGGGGACUAAGAUGAAGGCGGCGACGCGGUACGCGCACAGCAUACCUAAGCUGUCCUGUCCAGACGGAGAAAACGGCCUCAUCAUAAGCACGAAAAGCCUGAACCGCGUCGUGAACGUCAACGCCUCGGCGUUACUGCUCACGGUAGAAAGCGGGAUGGUUCUCCGCGAGCUGAUCAAGGUCGCCGGUGACGCCGGACUCGCGCUGCCAUACUCACCCUAUUGGGCCGGCUUGACGGUCGGCGGCAUGCUCGGCACCGGCGC